AUGGCACGGACACGAACGCAACCGUGCGGGCAAAUGUUGCUGCUGCCUUCGAUCACCGUAGUACUGCUGCUGGCCAUCAGUUUCGACGGGCGUGUUUCGGCCCUCUCCGAGCUGAUCAAGGAUGACCACCUGGAAGGACCGCACGUGUGCAAGGAGGUGGAGAACAUGACCGUGACGAUAACGACACCUCGCGAAGAGGCGUACCAGGAGCGGUACCAGAAGUGGUGUCUCGGGAUCCCUUUUCGAUGCUCAGCCUACCGUAUCCGGGUCCGGACAGUCAACGAAACGCGUACGAUCAUCAAGCAGCGUAUCGUGAAAAAGUGCUGUGUCGGGUAUACACUAAACGAGGAGCAAACGCAGUGCAUUCCAGAAUGCAAGGCUGGGUGUCGAAACGGACAAUGCAUCGAGCCGGACGUGUGUCGCUGCAACGAAGGAUACGCUGGAAAAACCUGCAACAUUAAAUGUCCUCCGGAUCUAUGGGGCUCGGAUUGUGCGCAACGGUGUAAAUGCGCGAAUGGAUCGGUUUGCAAUGCGGCAGAUGGUAGCUGUACGUGUAAGCGCGGAUACAAGGGUCGCUACUGUGAGGAGAAGUGUCCAAAGAAUCAUUUUGGACAAGAUUGUGCCGAAAUUUGCCAGUGCGAAAAUGGUGGAACGUGUGACCACGAGUCCGGCGCGUGUUUCUGCGCUGCGGGAUUCACAGGACCUCUCUGUACGGAAAGCUGCCCUGCCGGGACACACGGUACCAAGUGCCAGUCGAAGUGCCGCUGCCAAAACGGUGGAACGUGCGAUCCUGUGACGGGUAAGUGUAUUUGUCCGGCCGGGUACACUGGGAUGGUGUGCGCAAACCGUUGCCAACCUGGGUUGUACGGUGUCGGAUGUACACAACGGUGCGAAUGCUUCAACGGAGCCGACUGUAACCGUGUGACGGGCCAGUGCAUCUGCGCUCCCGGGUUCAUGGGCGCGAAGUGUCUUGACUCCUGUCCCAACACCUUGUACGGGGUCAACUGCACGGAAACGUGCCGAUGUCUCAACGGGGCACCCUGUGAUACGGCCGAUGGAAGCUGUACGUGUCCGGAUGGCUGGACUGGUGCCGAUUGCGGACAGCGGAUCUGUCCGUCCAACCGAUACGGUGCCAACUGCACCAGCGUCUGCGAUUGCAACUGGAACAACACGAAAAUGUGCCAUCCAUGGACCGGAAAAUGUCUCUGCCAUCCUGGCUGGAGCAACAGCGCGUGUGAUAGACCGUGCCGUUUCCUGCGCUACGGACAGGACUGCCAGCUGACGUGCAACUGCAAAAAUUCCUCCCCCUGUUCGCACAUUGACGGAUCGUGCCAAUGCAUCGCCGGCUUUAAGGGUGAAAGCUGCGAGGAACCGUGCUCCAACAACACGUAUGGGCAGAACUGCAGCGAACGAUGCCAGUGCCUGAACGGGGCCACGUGCGAAGGCGACUCGGGCAAGUGCCUGUGUGCACCGGGUUGGCAGGGCAUCAAGUGUGACCGGCCCUGCGAUGCCCAGCAUUACGGGCACGACUGCACGGAGCAGUGCCGCUGUCAAAAUGGUGGUGUUUGCAACCCGAUCAACGGCCAGUGUAUCUGUCCGGCAGGUUUUACAGGCGAGGUGUGUGAUAGGAAGUGCGAUUCCGGCCGGUUCGGACAGAAUUGCGAGCAAGCGUGCGAUUGCCACAUAGGAAAUGCACUGGCCUGCAACGCAACCACUGGGCGCUGCAUUUGUAAGGCUGACUGGGGCGGUGUCCGUUGUGAGAGCCGUUGCCCACUGGGAUACUUCGGAGAGAGCUGCAGCGAUAUCUGCACCUGCCACAACAACUCAUCCUGUGAUCCAAUAACGGGUUCCUGUAUCUGUUCGCGAGGAUGGACUGGCCCGACGUGUAGCGAUCCUUGCCCGAAGGGUUUCUUCGGCCACGGUUGCAUGGAACGAUGCCCCGGAUCAGCGGAGUACAACAGGACGUGCAAUCCAAUCACUGGCCGUUAUAGUUGUCCUCCUGGCUAUAUCGGACCGACGUGCGAACAUCCCUGCUCGACUGGCCUGUUUGGGCAGGACUGCCAGUAUCCAUGUAGUUGCAAGAACGGUGGUGAAUGUUCGCACGUCACCGGCCAGUGCCAGUGUCCGCCUGGCUGGACCGGACCCCGGUGCGAGACAGUCUGCGAGGACAUGUAUUAUGGCACCAAUUGCAGUCAACGGUGCAAUUGCCACAAUAAUGCAAAAUGCCGCAAGAACGAUGGCAACUGCAUCUGCGAAGCUGGCUGGAUGGGACACCGGUGCGAUGAAGUGUGCCCGGAUGGGUUCUACGGCAACCAUUGUAUGAAUGCGUGCGAGUGCCCUGCCGGGAACUACGUAUGCCACGCGGCGAAGGGAUGCGUUUGCAUGGUCGGCUUCACCGGCCGGAACUGCGACGAGCGAAUGACGAAUAAGUUCACCCAAGAGCGCAUCGAAGAAGGCUCUAGCAGUUUUGUUGUAUGGACGGUCGUACUGACGAUAGUGUUCGUAUGCAUCAUCGGCAUAAUGCUGUUUCAUUAUCGACGACGAGUUGCGAACUUGAAGGCUGAAGUGAACCAUGUCGUCAACUACAUGACACAGGAGCAACCGAGUCACUUCGACAAUCCUGUGUACACGCGGACCGGCGGUGCCAAUGCUGCCGCUGCCAAUGGCGCUCCCGGUGGACAUUCCACCGAAUAUCCACCAAUCGAAGGUCGUACCGGUUUGCUGAGAAACGUCUUGCCAAACAAUCUGCGCGAUGCUAUGUCGGGUCUUCGAAGACAAAACCAAGACAAGUACUGUUACCCGGACAACGAAUAUGGCGUUGAUAAAUCCUACUCCAUCACGCACUACGGGCCGGAAAGUCUCAAGAACUUAGAAGCGGACAUGACAAAUCCGAAUUGUUUUAAGGAUCACGUGUACGAUGAAAUUCGUCUGAAGGAUUCAAUUGCGGCUUUAUCACGGGAUUCUAAUUACGCCACCAUUUACACCGAGUACGAUCACCUAGACUACUCGCGACCGGGCAGUUCGCACAAGGCACACUACUUCCGUAUGACCGACGGAAGCAACGUUAAUAGCAGCGUACCAAGUUCCCCAUUACCGAACGGAGCCGUUGCCGGAACGUCCCGGGGUGGAUCGCCGAAGGCGAUCAAUGUUCUGCGAGAGGCAAACGCCGGUCCGAUCAACAAUCUAUCCGCACCACCCCGAACGAAUCUGUUGCCGGCCGUUCCGUCAACGGUGGGAACCGCCGAAGCCAAAUGCACCAACACCGACGUCCACCUCGGUAACGACCUCUCCUCGUCCUCGAACUCAUCCCCAACGCCAUCAUCAUCCUCACCGUCCCAGCAGCAGCGGCUCGUCGACGGUGACGACAUCUACCUGCCGAUGACGGCCGGUAAUGUCGUUCCCGGUUCGUCCACAUCCUCCUCCGGGUCCGAGUUCGCUGGUCUCACAAUUCCCGAUCAUCAGCUCAACAUCAAGGAGUGAAUGGCUUUCGUGUCCGCAAUCGUUCCUAUCAUUUCCCAAUA